AAAACUCUGACUGCGCUCUAAUUUACUUCCUGUUUUGAUAUUUAUUCGGAUCCUUGGCUUUUCUCGUAAUAAUUCAUACAUUCAAAUGUGGAGGCAGACAUUUCAUUGUUUGACGCAAUGAUAAGCAAAAUAGAAAGUAGAACAGAAAUUAGUUAGAUCCUUAUAAACGGAGAGCAGUGACAUAUAUUUAAUGUACUUUGUUGAUUUCAGCCUAUUUAUUACUUGAGGACCCUCAGAGAAUAUUGUUGUGGCUAAUGAAAUAAAGACUAUUUAUCUAUUUAGAGGUACAUUUAACCAUUUAACGAGAACGAAAAGUACGUCGACUGUCAGCUAAAAGGGGUGACUAAAGACUAAAAUCAGUUUGUUGUGAAAUCCGAAUACUGGAAUUGCAACCUUAUUAUGACGAUGUCAGGCAACAGCCAUUAGAACAUGCACAAGUAGGAGAGUACAGUGGAGGAAAUGAACAUUGUUGAUGAGGGUGAUGUAAAAAUGGAACCAUGUGAAGAUGAUAAUUUUUUGAUAGACCAUCAUGAUGAACUUCCUGAGGAGGCACACACUUUUCCUCCUAAGAAACCAAAGGGCUUAAGGAACCUGCUGAUUGUUAUCGUGUUACUUGGGAUAGCUGGCUUUGGAAUAGCUCUUUAUGUUCAUUUUUCAUCUAACUCGGGGUCUACGUCAACAAGCAAUAGUACAAGUAACGAAACAGAAAUUAUGGCAAAUGUUGGACAGGACAUAGACACCAAACAUAUAAUACCAGAUGAUCGUGUUACAUCUUGUCUAUUACACGAUAAAAUUAAUGAGGAUAUCGACCCAUUUAUUGACAAAUGCACACCCGGUAGCCAAUAUGUGAUGGAUCGAUGUAACAAUAAAUCUUCGCAUAGUUGUAAUGAUUGUUGUGACGACUGUAAAAUCAAAUUGCCGAAGGAAUGCUUUUGUGAUAUAUAUCUUCAUUGUCCAGAGAAUAGAGAUAGACCGGCGAAGAGGAAAUAUAAUGCGUGUUUAGGUGAAUAUUGUCCAUGUCUUAAUAAUGGCACUUGUAAAGAUCUUCCAUUUCAAACAGCAACCGCAAAAGAUAUAGAAUGCUUUUGUCAAGAAGGAUUCAGCGGUCGUUAUUGUCAAUAUAUACCAAUCUUGAUUUGUGAAGAAAAAUCGAGUACCAGUAAAUUACCAAGUAUUAAAAAGUGCAGUGGAAAUCAUGAUGCGAAGUGCUAUAUUUUACAAAACAAUACCAUUUUCAUCUGUGAAAUACCACAACAUAAGUCUCAAACUCAUAACAUUACUAACUGUACCAACGUUUGAGAGUGUUGGUGAAGAUGUAAAUAUUAUCCAUCUACUAUACUCUAAACUGUAAUUGAUUCACCAAACAACACAAUGAUACACUGAUGCCAGUAAAUAGAUACUAAUGUUAUUCUUAUUAAGGAAAACAAAAGACAAUCUGCAUUAUUGUCUUAACUGUUGUGCAGUCAUACAAUGUUUUACGUUGCACGUACUUUGUCUUCAAUACAAACCAACUCAAUAUUGAAUUGGGCGUGUAAUAACUAUAUUACUUAGUGAUCAAUAUGUGGUUAACUAUUUUGUCUGCAAAAUAUUGUAAAUUGUGAAAAUAUUUCAUGCUGAUUGUAAAUGGUUUCCUGUGACCCUAAUUUUGUAAGUACUUAUAUUUGAUUUGACUUUCAAGACGAGUUUUUAAGUCCAAAAUACAACAAUAAAGGUACAAGAAAAAUUAGAAGUGCAUUUACACAUCUAAGUUUAAAUUUGUAUUGCUGAAUUAAUAUUAAGUUUUUGAAAACGUUGAUCUAUUGAUAACCUAAGUUUGAAAUAAACCUUGAAGUAAAGUAUGCUGAUUACUAGAAAGACAAUAUCAAUCAAACAGAAGAGUAUCGAUUUAGCCUCAGGGAUUUAAGCAUACGAUCACAGAGUAAAUAUCAACCCUAAUUUUGUAAGUACUUAUAUUUGAUUUGACUUUCAAGACGAGUUUUUAAGUCCAAAAUACAACAAUAAAGGUACAAGAAAAAUUAGAAGUGCAUUUACACAUCUAAGUUUAAAUUUGUAUUGCUGAAUUAAUAUUAAGUUUUUGAAAACGUUGAUCUAUUGAUAACCUAAGUUUGAAAUAAACCUUGAAGUAAAGUAUGCUGAUUACUAGAAAGACAAUAUCAAUCAAACAGAAGGGUAUCGAUUUAGCCUCAGGGAUUUAAGCAUACGAUCACAGAGUAAAUAUCAUUUCUGAUCUAUAUUGUAUGUGUGGAAAAAGGUUAAAUCACAAAAGUUGUGGAUGCAACAUUGAGAAUGUACGCCAUUUCUUCUUCGACUGCCAUUUAUAUACAUACCAGAUAGAAAUUGAUCUACAUACCAGAUAAAAAUUGAUGUAUAAUCUUAGAUAUGGCUCACUGUUAACCUUAUAUUGAAUGUUUUUAUUUAUCUGAACGCCGCUUGCUUCAGAACAAAUUUUAACUGAACAUUAAAAUUGAUAAAAAAAAUAUAAAUUCAUCAUCAGCUUUCAAAUUCGAUUUAUAUAUUUAAUAUUAACGAUUAGAUAAAGCUUAGGUCAAUAGAAUAUCAUAAAUCAUGUAAUUUGCCAAUAUAAGGCGAAAACAGCUUGUUUGAUUUAUUUCUCAAAAUGUUCAAGGGACAUAUGAUUUGGAGAGCUUCAUGCUCAGUUGAUAUUCGAUAUUUAAGUUCAGUUCCAUUAUUGAUAGAUCAAUAUUCAUUUCAGCAAAACCUAUUACCAAGUAAGAUUAGAAUAGAUCUAACCAAUCUAUUGUUUCAUAUAUCUGCAAUUUAUCAAUGCAUUAUUACCAGAGUUAUUGUUGUUACUUUAUUUUGAAGAGAAUCCUUAUACAACGUAAAAGGUUUAAGAUUAUUUCAUCAAUAAGAAAAAAGUCCAAAUCGCACAAAAUACAAACCCUUUAACAGUUUUAUUCCGAUUGACUUCAGUUUACACUUUUAUCAAAUCACCUGGAUAUAAAUCUCAUAUGAAUAUAUUAACAUAAUUAUCAAAUUGUUGUAUUUUUUGUAUUUUUAAACUGUACUUGUCUACAAAAUAUUGUAAGCUAUGAUUUGUCAAACUAUUUGCUUUUGGAUUGUUUGUUUUAAUUAUACAUGACUCUACAUUUAUAGAUAAACAUAUUUGAUUUAUUUAUCUGAGGUACUAUUCGGACGCAAUAUGGUUUUACUGUGUUAUUUCCAUUUUGUUUACCCUCGUAUUGAUAUUUUGUACUUUAUCUAGAAAGUGUGUAAUAUUAUGGUACGUACUAUCAACGACACAAUUUUUUUUAUUUUCCAAUUAUUGAUUUAAAACAAAAACAUUUUUUUAAACUACAAUUUCAAAAAUCGAUCUUAGUUUGGGAGAAUAUGAUUAAUUCAUCAGUUGUUAUUGGCUCUGUACUAGGAAGAGGGACGAAAGAUACCAGAGGGACAGUCAAACUCAUAGAUCGAAAACAAACUGACAACGCCAUGGCCAAAAUAAAAAGACAAACAGACAAAUAAUAGUACAGAUACUAUAGUACUAUAGUACAAGCUUUCAGUAACAGCGAUCACUCUUAUGUUGAUGCUUGUUUGUCUAUUGUAAUUAUGAUAGUUGUUUUGGGCCAAUUGCAACUUAUUUUUACAUUUUGUUCUUAUGUUGUGCUGUAACACCACUGUUCCAGGUUUGGAGAGGGUUGGGCGCUUACAGACAUGUUUAAACCCGCCGCAUUCUGAAUGUGUCCGUCCCAAUUAGGGAGCAUGUAGUUCAGUGGUUGUCGUUGAUGUAUGUCUAUCAUAUUUGUUUUUUCGUAAAUUGUUUUGUUAUUAAUUAGUCCGUUAGUUUUUCUCAGUUGAAUUGUUUCACAUUUUUCAUUUCGGGGCCGUUUAUAGCUGAAUAUUUAAACGGAUUUUCUCAUUGUUGAAGACCGUUUGGUUGCCUACUAUUGCUUACAUUCACUUCAUUUGAACUUGGAUAGUUAGUUGUCUCAUUGGCAUUCAUACAACAUCUCAUUUUUUUUAUAUUUAGCUCUUAAAUCUUGAAACAUAAACAUUGUCUCAUAAAGAAAAUUACUGCCUUUGCAAAUAUUUUAAUAUUUAAUUCUCAUUUUCACAAUCAAAGGCUGAUUUUUGUCGUUAUUUUACGUCUUUAAUAUCAUGGGGUUAUAAUACUUCUUUUCAUAUUACAAAAUAAAAUGUAUAUCCUUAGCAAAUCAAUAAUUUCUACUUUUCUAAAAUAAAUUUAUGUACCUAUGUAUCGUUACUUUUGUCAACUAGUAUAUAUCAAAUUCAGCUUCAUGAUAUGGAAACGAAAACAUUCUACGCGUAUAGUAAACCGAACUUUAAAAAAAUAUACAUUUUUUGUCGACUAGUAUAUAUCAAAUUCAGCUUCAUGACACAUUACAAAAACCGAACUUUAAAAAAAAAUAUUAUACUUAUACAACCUAACAAUUUCUAUUUGAUAUUAACAUUAAUGAUAUCUUACGACAGCAAACAAAACUGCAAAAGCCGUACAAAUGAAACUAGUUGCUUCGACAGAUGUAACAUCUCACCUUUUCUGAAAAUAUAGGAGUUGCCUUUCUGGCAAGUUAAAUGACGCUGAUCAUGUAGAAAUUAAAAUACAAUCGUUAUUUUGUAUAUUAGUAAAUUUUAUUGACUGAACUAAUUAUUUGUUAAGCAAUCCAAUCACAAAUGUUCAUGUUUCCAAAAAGCUAUACUUUAUUGAAAUACCGAUUUGCAUGUACUGAUAGUAUCUUUCAGAUUGUGUCGACUUUCGAAACCCUAAUGUUAUAUCUUAAAUUUUUCAUAAAAGGAUUACAAAUAUAAAAAAAAAAGAAAUUUCCUUAACCACACUGGCCCUAUAGAUUCUAUUAGCAAAAGGGGACGAAAGAGGUUUUUUGAAUCGAGAACGUGGAACAUUUAGAAAACUUUCAAACACAUGUAGCUUCAAGUAUUGAAAGCCUUUUCAGAAAAGAAAAUGACCCAAUAUAAAAUGUAGCUACAAGUCGCAGACAAAAGAUAUUUUUAACAAUUAAUACAUCUAUUUCUUUAAAAUUUAUAUACUGCUUUUACAAUAACGUAUGUCAUACACCUAUCCGGGAACAACCUUUAUGCCGAUAACUUACUCUUACGAAAAACCCUUAUCCUGGAAAUUUCAAUUUUAUGAAGUAAAUAUGUCUAUAAGUAUCAAUAAGCAGUUCUUUUAUUUGAGUUGGUAAAUUAUAUUGAUGAAUUGCCAUUUUUUAUGUAUUUUUUUUUUAAAUUAAGUUAUCUUUUCGUUGAACUAAUAAAGAAAUAAGAAAAGUAGCUGUCUAGAUAUAAAAUAAUGUCUCCCGUGUAACUGUUACCCUUAGAAAAAAAUCAAAUAGGAACCAGCUCACAUUCGCGGUAUUUUUCGAAGUCCGUUUUCAAUUUGAAAAUAGGAAGGGGGGCAUUGAUGAUAGAACUUUUGUUCAAAAUAUAUACAUCGAAUAAAUUAAAUCGAAAGAAAUAAGGAAUUGACACUAGACAUCACUUGUGGAAAAGAGAAUAUGUUGUGUAUACAUUUAUAACCUUAUACGAAGACGAAUACGAAAGUUUUAUUUUGAUUCGGUUCACAUGUAACAAUACAAACAUAAGCUCUUAAGAGCUUUUUACCGAAUAUAAGGUAACACAAACACAACAUUAAAACACACAACAUGCAGACAGGAUAUAUAACAGCACAGUCAUAUCGAAAUACAUGCAAAGCACUUUUAAAAUACAUAUCUAAAGCCAAAGCUGAAGCACAACUAAAAAUUAAGCACAACUAAAAUUAAGCACAAAUAAAAUAUAGCACACAUGCAAAAAUUUAAGGCAUAAUAACAUGUUAGAGCAACUUCUAAAAUAUGAUAAAGCUUAUCUACAAGCAGAACAACAACAUUUUGAACCAUUCCAAGACUGUAUAAGGCUCUUAAAUUGAGAAAAACUGUUUCAGUCCUGAAAUGGUCAGGUAGGCUGUUCCACAGAGUAGCAGCUGCAAAUUUAAAACUUUUCUUACCAAACUGUGUAGUUUUUACAUGUGGUAUAUCCAGUAUAUUACUAUAUCUGAAAGAAUAUUUACAAUCUUUUACAUUUAAUAAAUCAUGUAAACAGA